GUCGUCUAGUCGUGGGUCGACCACCAGCUCUCAUCCAGUCGCGUCCGAUUACCUGCAAAGGUUGCAUGAAAGUUCGUCACCAUGAAUGGAUUAAAUCAUAAACGGAAAGAACAAGUAAAAAUGCAUCUACAAUGCCAGGGAUGUUUCUUGGAUAAAGCAGGUGGUCAAUCAUCUCAACCUGUCAAACUGUUCGCUUGUUCAGGAUGCCAUCAUGCAAAAUAUUGUAGUCCUGAGUGCCAGCGAGCGCACUGGCCGAUUCAUAAGCCCUUGUGUAAAUCACGUCAACAGACGCAGCACCGUCUUGAGGCACAAAACGCGCAGAUGGCCGAAAAUCUACACAGCGCUGCUUCAUCGUGUUCAACAUCUUCAUCUUCCAAGCCCCUACUUCCCACCGAGUUAUUCGAGGAACUUCGCGCCUUCUCGAAACAAAUACGACCCUUAUUAGGUGAAAUGGGAUUUUGCGCGAUGGAUCUCGUAAACAACCCAGACAGGUGGAAGGAUCACUUCGUGCUGGUAAAAAUCGCGCGUCUUUUCCCCGUCGACGCAGAAACUCCUGCGUGGGCCCGUUUCGUCGCGAGAGACAUCGAGGCAAUACCUAACUCGCAGAUUGACCGCCUUCCACACACCGCCUCGGGCAUGAGCUUCACUGAGAUCUUCGAGCAGAAGAAACGCCAGGACCAGUAUAGCGCUUCGCUUGGGUAUAUAGACUCGCUCACAGUUAUGAUACAGGCGGAUGCAGACCAAGGCUCGGACUUGUGUCGUAUCACCAUAUGCAAUGUGGUAUUCGUCGCGUUCAAGUCGAUUCCUAAAUCCUUAGUAGGUGAUGGCAACCGACCUAGACGGCGCGAGGUUUACCUUUAUAUGAUGAACAUGAUGAUUGAAGCUGUUAGGAGGAAGACGAAGAAGAAAAACACAAAGUGAUCCUAUCUGUAAUUUAGGCUUGGGUGUUCUUGUAUGGCCAGUUCAGAUUAAUAACCAUUCAUGUCUAGGUCGUUUGAAGCUCUCAAAGACUCGAAUUAAUGACAUUUCCUAUGUAGCCGGUGUGCUUCCUAUAAACCCCUUCUCAGAGCCUUCCCUUGUCGUUACGCCUCUACUUUCUUUCCGCAGCGUUACAGCGACCUAGCCCUGCGUCGAUGACC